UUAAAAAAUUAAUUACUAUUUGGGACUUGAAGAGACCCCCGUACGGCGUUCCCGGAUGAUACCCGAAGUCUGAAUUCUGAAACCUAAGCCGAAGCCGGUGGCCGGUGAGAGCUCCACUUUUGAAGAGAAUUUUGAAUUCACUAAGGCACUCAAAGUAUAUACAUUACUUCGCCAAGCUGACUUUCAAUUUCUCCUUAAACAAACAAAAUCUUGUUCAUUGACUUUUCAUUUGUUUUUGUUUAUUGUAUGAAUUUACACAGCUCUGCUUAACUUUUGUUGCUGCUUGAUCAUAAUCAUCAUCAUACUCAGUGUUUUUACUUAGAUUCAACUUAAUUUUACUUAUGCUGGUGGGUUUCUGAAUUUGCCAAGAAACCCACAAACCCAUAUCGGUACCAAUAGUGUAUGGUAUGGUACUAAGGCCUACGGGUCAAGACUCAAGACCUCUUUGUUAUCAAGAAGGGUUGGGUAGGGUUGCAUAAUCCAACUCCCAAACCCGACCAAGGUAGGAGCGGACUUAAUGACAUUCAGUGAGAAACUUCGAUGCCAUUGAGUUGGGAAAAUUCUUCAUCACAUUGUUGAUAGGCAGAUGAUAGCUUGAGACUUGCAGAAGGAAAAGGCUUUCAGGAGUAUGGCAAGAUUAUCACCACGAAUGGAUAUCAUGGAUGAACUUCGUAGAGAAGUGGAAGAGUUGAGGCUUCUAGAAAGAGAGAUCCAAGAAAAGGUCACUCUAUUAAAAGAAGCUGAAGAGGAGAUUGGUGAAGGAGUUUUUAAAUGGCUUGAGGAAGCCCACAACAUUGAUGUCAAGUUGACAACUUAUUUGCAAGUGGCUGCAAAAGCUAAAUCUACCUUGGUCAAUAGAUGCUGUUGCAGCUGUUUUAAGUCAAGAAUGACCAAAGAGGAUGCUUUUGAGAUUAAAACUUAUGUUGAUGAUCUGUUGGCUCAAGGAAAAAGAAUUUUACCUGCAGAAGAAAUUGAACUUGUCUGGCGUGAUGGGUUUUAUGAUUUUGGGUCAAGGAGAUCUAUUUUUACUAGGGUUAUGGAGGGUCUGAAAGACGAUGAUAUUGGCAUCAUUGGCAUCUUGGGUUUAGGAGGUAUUGGAAAGACUAAACUAGUAACCGAGAUAGGUAAAAGAGCCAAAGAUGAGAGGAUAUUUGAUCAUGUUUUAAUGGCUACAAUAUCUCAGAAUCCUGAUAUCCGAAAUAUCCAGUGGACACUUGCUGAUAUGUUGAAUCUAACAUUUAGAGAUGACGAGGAGACUAGCAGAACAAAUGAGCUUCGAGCUAGAUUAGAGAAUGAAAGAAAGGUCUUAGUUAUUAUGGAUGAUGUUUGGGAUGAAAUCAACUUGGAUAGUGUUGGGGUCUCUCCAUAUUCAAAUCGAAAAGGAUGCAAGAUUAUUUUAACAACACGUCGUGAGAAAGUUUGUGAAGAUAUGUGUUGUAAUCUUGUAGUGCGUUUGGAUUUGAUAACUCAUGCUGAAGCAUGGGCUUUGUUCACUGAGCAUGCAGAUUUGAAAGCUCAAAAAUCCGUUCGAGUUCUCACCAAUGCGAAAAAUAUUGUGAAAAAAUGUGGUGGCCUUCCACUUGCAAUUGUUGUAGUUGGAAGUGCCUUGAGGGACAAAGAUCUAGAGGAUUAUGAAGAUGCACUCCACAAGCUCUGUAGCUCUACCUUUGUGAAUGUAGAAAGUGCUGAUAGGGAGAUCUACUCUAUCCUGAAUUUGAGUUAUGAGUAUCUCAAGGAUGAAGAUACACAGAAAUGUUUUCUGUUAUGUUGUUUGUUUCCUGAAGAUAGUACAAUAACAGUAAAGGAACUGACCAGGUAUGCCCAUGGACAAUGGUUGUUUCAAUACGUUAAUUCAUUUGAUGAAGCUAAGAGGAGGAUAUUUGGCUCUGUAAAAAAACUUGAAGAUGCCUCUCUAUUGUCUCAUAUCACUCGUAGAAGUCCUCGUCCUGGUGAUUAUUUCCAAACUUGGCCUAUUGUGAAAAUGCAUGAUCUGGUUCGUGAUUUUGCUUUGUGGAGAGCUAGGAUUAAUCAUGACUUCUUCUAUGUGGUGAACAAGUCAAACAAACUGCAAAAGAAGCGACCAUAUGAGAAUGCAACUGCCCUCUAUCUUAGGAGAUUUGAUUGGGAUUGGCAGUAUCCUAACAAAUCCGAGUAUCCGAACUUGAAACUUCUGAUAAUCUCAAGCUCUAUAUCUAUUUCUUCGAUGAAAAAGUUCCAAGGGAACACUUUAGAGGUGACAAAUGCUCUUCAGGUUCUUGAUGUGCAAUCAUCUAGCUUGGUAAACAACUUCAUGCCACCAAUUUGGUUUGAACACCUCAAGAACCUUCGAAGUCUUCGUUUGGAAGGAGUCCCAUUUUCAAGGAAUGCAAACUUGUCUAUGAUCGGAAAUUUAGUGAACCUGGAGAUUCUGGAAUUGAACCUUGGUUCUCAACAAAAGGUCUUGCCAACAUGGGUAGGUGAGCUUUGUAAUUUGCGAAUGCUGGAUUUAUCAACAUGGUAUGUGCUGGAAGUAAUUCCACCCAAUCUGUUAUCAAGAUUAGUAAAGCUAGAGGCGCUGUAUACCCCUUCAUUUCAUUACCCCCAAGGGAUUUGGAAUUCUGACUAUUUGUCUGAUCUGAAGUUUUUGCUUGGUUUGACCUCCUUUGCUGGUACAUUUAUGAGUAUUCAGUCUCUUCCAAAGGAUUUUAGGUUUAGAAAUAUGCAAAUGUAUUACAUAAACUGCAGGCCCGAUAGAUUGAAAGAUGAAAGCAUCAAGUGGAACAGAAGUCUUGGACUGGAUGAUGCUAACGAUUUUUCCUUGAAGCUUUUUGAGAAUUUGUUACCUAAUGUGGAGUGCCUUAAGAUUGUUGGAAAAUUAUAUAUACGUGGUAUAUAUAACUUGUGUCCUCAAAUCGAUAAAGGGGGCUUUCAGAAUCUUAGAGAGCUCUUCCUAGGGUGCAUUUACAAUCUCGAGUGCCUCAUUAAUACAAGUGAACUAGGACUUCCUCCUCUAACUCCGAUAUUCCCCAAUUUGCUUCAUCUUACUCUUGAAAAUAUAAUCGAGCUGUGUAAUAUGUGUCGUGGGAAACCUCCGGUGCACUAUUUGGAAGAGCUAAGAACAGCUACAAUCGUAAAAUGCUGCAAGCUGAAGAAUAUAGUUCCAGACAUGCUUCCAGUUGGGCUAAAGUUGGAAGUCCUAGAAAUCGAGGACUGUUUGCUGCUCAAGUAUGUGUUUGAUCUAGUGAAUGAACAACCAGCAUUUCAUCACACAAGGAACCACCUAAAAUUUGCCCCCUCUCCUAAAGUUCUCGAGUUACAUAAUCUUCCCCAGCUGCAAAACAUAUGGAACUUGCCACCUCAAUCGGAGUUCAUUGAAAAGCACAAUGAUGCAGAGUUGUGUAAGCUGAUUUUAAAAUGCUUGGGGUCACUUGUUCAGAUGAAAAUCAACAAGUGUUUAGAGUUGGAAGAGAUUUUUCCUGUUAUUGAACUCGACAACCAGAACGCUGAUGCACCACUCUCAAGCUUAGUCGAUUUAAGUUUAUCAUUCUUACCUCGACUGAAAUGCAUAUGGAAAGGCCGUCAGAAAAAUUGCAGUCUCCAAAAUCUCGAACGAAUUGAAGUGGUGGAAUGUGGUGCAUUGACAAGUAUUUUCACUUCCACUCUCAUCACAGGUUUGCGAAAAUUGCAGUAUCUAGUGAUAAAAGACUGUGAUGUGCUGGAGACGAUCAUUGUGAACGAUGAUCAGAAUGAAGCAAAUUUGGGUAAAGCCUUCCAAGAAAUCAAGGAGAUCAAGAUAGAACUAUGUGACAACUUAAACACCGUCCUACCAAUUUCUUAUGUUGUUCAUGGUCUUCAAAAGCUCGAGAUAAUCAACAUAAAAAAGUGCGCGAAGCUACAUCAAGUAUUUGGAGAGCAUUGUGAAGAACACGAGGCAGAAGGUAGUCAACUUCUUGAACACAAUAACCAGAAAUCUAAUGCGCAGCUCUCAAGUUUAGUCGAGUUGGACUUACGAUUUUUACCUAAUUUGAAGUGCAUAUGGAAUGGACCUCAACAGAAUUGCAGCCUUAAAAAUCUCGAAAGAAUUAGACUUGAAAAUUGUGAUACAUUGAUGAGUCUAUUCACGUUAAAUCUUGCUCGUAGUUUGCAAAAACUCCAGUAUCUUGUGAUCGUUCAAUGUGAAGCGCUGGAGACGAUCAUCAAUGAAGAUGAUCAAGAUGAAGCAAUAUCCAAGUCAAAGAAGAGCUUCCAAGAAAUCAGGGAGAUUGAAAUAAUAUCAUGUCCCAGAUUAAAAACUCUCCUACCAGUAAGUUUUGUUCAAAGUCUCUCAAAGCUCGAAAGAAUCCUGAUAGACGACUGUGCUGAACUAGAGCAAGUAUUCGGAGAUUCUGACGUAGAAGUCGUAACAAAGAUGAACAAAGAGGAAUCCAAUUCACAACUCAUGAACUUGGUUGAAUUAGAUUUCGCGUUAUUACCAAAACUGAAAAGCAUAUGGAACAGCCGUCAGCAGAAUUGUCGCCUCCGGAAUCUUGAACUGAUUAAGCUGAAAGAAUGCGAUACGCUGACCAGUGUUUUCACUCCUACUCAAGCGCAGAGUUUACAGAAGUUACAACACCUUUUGAUAGAUACAUGUCAAGCAAUGGAAACAAUUAUCACUACAGAUGAUCAGCCGGAGAAAGCUAGAAAGCGUCCAAAUUUGUCACAAAAUAGCUUCCAAGAAAUCAAGGAGGUACAAAUAAUCUCAUGUGAUAAAUUAAAGUCUAUUUUUCCGAUUGCUUUUGUAGCACAAAAUCUUUCGAAACUUGAACGUAUCUCGAUAAUAAAUUGUGGUGAGCUACGACAAGUAUUUGGAGAUGAUGAAGAAGAUAAUAUAGGAGACUAUGAGGAGAUCUUCAUGGACAAUCUAAAGGAGUUGAAGCUCAUCAAGUUACCAAUGCUAGCUCGUUUCUCACCGUCGAAAUACGGUGUUGUAAUCUCAUUUUCGUCACAUACGAAAGAGGGGGAAAAAGGUGGCACAAUAGACCUUUUAGAGUUACUCCCUCGAUCCCAAACUAGACCUCAUACUUGGAUUUGGAUGAAGCAUGAUUGAUGGGAUGAAAAAAAUAGGGGAAAGAAGGUUUUAUAAAAGUGUGAAGUUGUUUUGGGAGGCAUUGCAAAAUGAAAGUGCGAAGUUUGUUUUGAGAUGAAGGGAGCACUAAAGUUUUAGGGGAUGGAAUACUCGUUUAUAAUAGAAUAUCAAAUAAUACCUCAUCUGUUUUUAUGAGUUUGCUAUUAAUAGUGAUAUUUUUUUACAAUAUGUUACUGCAAAUUUACAUGUAAAAGCUAGGAGUAUAUUUUAUUUCUCUUGGUAAGUAACAUUUCCACUCAUUUUUCUAAUGUUUAUAUUUUUCUUCAACUAAAA